UUUUUUUUUUCUCUUUACUUUCCUUACAUUUUAAACCUCAUGAAAGUACAAGCAUUAUAUUUAGGUGAUCUUUAUACCGAUACACCUUUUCUAUUAUAUCGUUUCCCUGUACCACUGACACCACCAGUAACCUCAUCAUCAGGCAUAUACUAUUAUUGUUUAGAAGAUCUGGAGCAACUUGGGAUCAUCAGUCGUCAUGUCAACUUGAUGACCUUGUAUCAAAAACACCCUACAGGAUUCUUCAAAAAACAGGAUGGUCGUCAUUAUACGAGUACUCAAGUGCUUAUUGAACUAGGUCAUCUUAUGAAAUCAAAAAUAUUAUUGGAUUUAUGUCAAAUCACUGAACAUCUUUGUCAAGAGGAUCUGCAACUUAUAUUACAACCAUUACCUGUUUUGACAACGACACUUUUAUUGGUGGAACACGAAUUUACGCCUGUACGACUUGAUGGUCAAGAAUGGUUUUUAAAGCCUUGUUAUCCAUCUGUGCCAUUAAGGACAAAUCCAUCUUCUUUAUUGUUACAACGUCGAUUGGCCCCCAAGCUAGGUCAUCAUGCACCUCAUUUAUCUAUCCAUACUUAUCAUCAAUCAGUAAAACGUCGACACAUGCGUAAACUACCUUCAUUUGGACAAAGAAAACAAGUUUCUUUACAAUCGUUGGCUCAUGAUACCUCGCACCAGCGCUGGAUGACGGGUUAUGUGGAACAAUUACAUCGUUGUAUGGAUCGUUUGAUGGUCGUAGAACACAAAAUCAAGCUUCAGGAAUGGCGGACGUUGAUGCAUCGUUUGGACAAGUUGGAAAAAAAGGUUCUUUCUUCUCGGUAGCUAGUUUAUAUAUAUAUUUCAUUAUACCCAUCUUUUAUUUUAUUUACCCCUCCCCUUUAGAUAAUUGUAUUCUUAAUAAAUUUUGUUUGUUUUAUCUUUAUGAUGAAUGGAUGAUUGUUAUAUAAAGUAUUGUACGGUAUGAAUGGAUACAAUGAUGACUUUAUAAAAUGGAGUUGAUGAGAAAGAAACAUUGACCUUUUAUUAUAAAGACAUGAUAU